AUGGCAACAUAUAACAAAAGGAGAUACCUGAAGGAUGAAAUUCUGACACUUGAAAAAAUUGAUGAGAACACAUAUAGGGCAGAUAGCGAUAAUCUGUGGCAUCCAGCAGGGGCUAGAGCUGUGUAUGGAGGUCAGAUAUAUGGACAAGGAUUAUAUGCAGCUAUUAAAACCCUCAAUAACCAGGCACUACUAGCACAUAGCAUGCACUGUUAUUUUGUAAGGGCAGGCAAUCCCCACAAGCCCAUUACCUACCAUGUUGAGCAUAUACGUGAUGGAGCCAGUUUUUGUACACGCAGAGUUGUGGCUGAACAACAUGGCAAAACUAUAGUGAUAAUGCAGUGUUCUUUCCAUAAGCCUGAGGUUGGAAAGCUUAACCAUCAAACAGAAAUGCCAAAAGUCCCACCUCCAGAAAAAGUCAUGUCUAUACAAGAAAUAAUGCACAACAUUCUCAAAGAUAACAAACUACCUGAGAAGAAAGCAUAUUACUUUAAAGAGAGACUAAAAGCAUACAAUGAUGAAUUACCUCUAGAAGUUAAACCUGUAGAUAUAGAAAAAUUCCUAAAAUUGAAGAAAACUGAACCCUCGUCACAAUUAUGGAUAAGGGCUAAGGAUAACUUAGAAAAUGCAAGCUGUAAUAUGCAUAACACAGUAGUAGCCUGGCUCACUGAUUGGUCACCUCUUGGUACAGCGCUGCAGCCAGACACAGACUUUAAUGUAGGACUAUGGGCCUCCCUAGAUCAUUGUGUAUGGUUCCAUGAACCAAUGAGGGCUGAUCAGUGGAUGCUUAUGCAGUUUGAUAGCCCUAAAGCAGGCGGAGGUCGUGCAAUAACUUUUGGGAAACUCUGGAGCCAAGAUGGACGUUUGGUGGCAAGCAUGUCACAAGAGGGCCUCCUAAGAUCAAAGAUUUGA